GCCUGCUUGUCGCGUCAGUGACGUGGAGAAACUAGCUACAAUCAGCACUGCUUGCUAUACACAGACAGCAGUCAAAAGUCAAGUUCCCGUAAAUAGGCAAUUAAAGCUUCUACCGAAAGAGGUCGAUUUCUAUAUUUGUAAUCGUUGAAAGCAACCGGACCAGCCUGGGUGCGUAGAAAAUGAAAAAAGGUGUGUCAGUUUCUGACAGUGAUGGGCACGCGUUCACCCCGCUGGUGGCCAUCGAGCUGGCCGAAGACGUUAAAGAGGAGGCAGUCACAUGGCUGCUGGACAGAAUAAAGGAUAAACAGCAGCAAGGAGGGACCGACUUAUUGGUGGACCAGGUGCCCCUGGAGACCCAGAGCGAUCAGAAGGGGAACCCCAACGUAUUUGUUGUGGGUGCUACAUGGCUGAGGCUGCUGCAGGGGGCUGAGGAGGUCGGCCUUGUGAAGGAGUUCAGUGAUGGAUCCAUGCGAGGGUUCACAUAUGCCAACAAGGAGAACUUCAAAUCCUUCCAAGGUGACGGUGAUGGGUUCCUCAGUACAGCGGAGUGCCAGUACAUCAUUAAGCAUGAGCUGGACACGCUGCGGGCCAGAGAAGAGACCCAUGUUCCCGGAUACGCUCAGAUGAAGCUGUACCCAGGGAAGUCCAUCAUACGCAGGAUGCAGUCCAAGGGCAUACUGCUGCAGAUUUUCCCUCUUCAUGUGAAAGAGGACUUGAAGAGACUCUCACUCUCCUGGUAUCAAAAGGUCAAGCUCUCCUAUCAGCCCCUUGACGACAUCCGACAAUAUUUUGGCGAGAGUAUGGCCCUGUACUUUGGCUUCCUGGAGUACUUCACCAUCGCCCUGGUGCCCAUGGCGUUCUUCGGGAUCCCCUACUACCUCUUCGACUGGGAGAGCUACGACAAGUACGUGCUGUUCGCCAUCUUCAACCUGGUGUGGUCGACGGUGAUCCUGGAGGUGUGGAAGCGGCGCAGCGCCUCGCUGGCGUACGGCUGGGGCACGCUCAGCAGGAAGAAGGCCUUCGAGGAGCCGCGGCCCGGCUUCCACGGAACGCUGGGCCUCAACCCCGUCACCGGCCGCGAGGAGCCCGUCUUCCCCUACGCCAAGCGCCACCUGCGCAUGUACCUGGUGUCGGUGCCCUUCGUGCUGUUUUGCCUGUAUCUGUCGCUGCACGUGAUGAUGGUCUACUUCGAGAUGGAGGUGUGGGCCCUGUGGCUGCACAGGGAGGAGCCCACCGUCUGGACCAGCCUGCUGCUCUACGUCCCCAGCAUCAUCUACGCCGUGGUCAUCGAGGUCAUGAACCGCCUCUACCGCUACGCCGCUGAGUUCCUCACCGAGUGGGAAAACCACAGAUUAGAAUCAUCAUAUCAAAAUCACCUGGUUCUCAAAGUUCUGGUGUUUAACUUCCUGAAUUGCUUCGCCUCUCUGUUCUACAUCGCCUUUGUGAUGCAAGACAUUGUUCUUCUGAGGCAGAGUCUGGCUACGCUGCUGAUCACAUCCCAAAUACUGAAUCAGAUUAUGGAGGCCUUUCUGCCCUACUGGCUCCAGAAGAGACGCAACAAAAAGGUCCACAAAAGGAUUCAGAGAAUUAUGGGAGAGAAGGAGCUGCCACUUGGCGAGCAGGUCAGGCUGGAGGCCGACAUGUACACAUAUCUGGGCACCUUUGAUGACUACCUGGAGCUUUUCCUCUUAUUCGGCUAUGUCAGCCUGUUCUCCUGUGUCUACCCCCUGGCCGCUGUGCUGGUGGUCCUGAACAACGUCACGGAGGUCUACUCGGACGCCCUGAAGAUGUGCAAGGUUUUCAAACGGCCUUUCUCGGAGCCCGCCGCUGACAUUGGCGUGUGGCAGCUUGCCUUCGAGACAAUGAGCGUUAUCUCCGUUGUUACCAACUGUGCCUUGAUCGGGAUGUCUCCCCACAUGAAGGCCUACUUUCCUGAGUCAGAGACACAGCUCAUUCUGGUGGUGGUGGCAGUAGAGCACGUGCUCCUGGCUUUCAAGUUCUUCCUGGCUUUCGUGAUCCCAGAUAUUCCCAAACAGAUCCAGAUCAAGUUAGCCCGGCUGGAGUUCCAGUCUCUGGAGGCGCUCAAGAAAAGACUGGAUUAUCUUAUAUGUGAGAAAUCUGUUAGGCAGAAAAUGUUGGAGGCUGCAGCAGGGACCCCCAGUAAGAGCUAAUGGAGGGAAGAGACGUACGCCACAGAUACUGAAGGACCCUCGUCAAGAUCCGGGGAAGCCAACCACAGCCUGAGACUUUUACACGCUGUUCACAUGCUGCACUGCAAGACGCCUUACUGAGCAGGAUCAAGAACUGGCCUGCUGCUUAAGUUAUUGAGAGUGGUGUUAAAACUCUUAUCUACCAAAAAGCAUUAUGCGUUAUAUAUGUCUACGAAAAACCUGGUCCUGCUGAAAAAGAAUUGAUUGUUCAGAUUUGUGGAUUGUGUGUUUGUGUGUGUAACAUUAUGCAUGCUCUUAUGACUAUUGUCAUUGACCCACCUCCUCCAAAGGCUAAUCUCAGAAAAUAGCUAGGCUUCAUUUCAUUAUAUAUUCAUAUUCAUUAAUGCAAUCAUAGUGUAUAUCACUACGACUACAGGGUGGUGUCUAAUGGAAAGUCAAAGCAAAGUGGUGGUUUAAAUAUCGGAUCUUCACAGGUCCUCCAGUCACUAUGCACUAGGGUUAUGUUUGGGGUGAUUUGGGUGAAGGCUCAUUACUGUAUGUACAUGUCUGGUGUCUGGAUUGGGAAGGGAUGACUGAAACUAUAAUUGGACUUUGGGAUUGAGAUUCAAGCUAAAAAAAAAAAUAACUGACUGUUGCAUUAAAUAUAGUUUACAGAGAAAUAUACCUCAGGAAUAAGGAAUAAUCGGAUGGUUUCUGAAAAGGAAUAGGAAUUCAGAUGUGAGAGUUAGGUACUGUUUUAUAAAACCACAGAUAUGAAGCACCUCUUGUAUUGUCAUCAACAGUGUUAUAUAGUAUGGAUGGUUAAUGGUAAUGAUCUGCUGUAAGUAAACAGAUGUUUUAAUUGUUACUGUAAUGACAAUAUAGGUAUUCAUUCUAGUCUUGGAAAAGCACUCCAGUCGAGAGGCAGUGCCUUUAAAUGAGGUGAAAUCUGGCAUGUUCCCUGUUGGCUGUGCUCUGUAUCUGAUCUGAUAUUGUGCUCUGUAGUCUCCGGUCUCAAAAUCCUGACCUGACAAUUCCAGAAAAAUAAUACAUUCACAAUUUU